AUGGCCAGCUUUCCAGCUUUCGAUCCCUCUCGCCUCACGAAGAAGUCUGCAGCGCAUUACUCAUCCGAAUCAGAAGAGGACGACGAAGAUGAGUACCUAGCGCCUGUCACAGACCCGUCGCAAGAAGACUUCAGCGAUUUGAACCCGCGCAAGCGCCGUCGCGUUGGCAACACAAAAGAGCGCGCCGCUCUAGGUAUAUUUGCAUCCGACAGCGAAGACGACGGUCCCGGUCGCCGAUGGAAGAAGAAGACGUUACGUGACAAGGGCAUGAGCUUCGUUUCGACAGGUGCUACAACGCUUGAUGAGGAUGAGGAUACAAACAAGGCAAAUGAAAAGGAGUAUUCCGAUGACGAUGAAGACGACGACGACGAAGAGGAUGAAGGGAAUGGGGGAGUCGGUCUAGGAUUCGGGGCCGCGCAACGCGGCCUCGGGUUUGUAUCUGCUCAAAAAGACGAGAGCGAAGACGACGACGAAGAUGCGGCCGGCACUUCUGUGCCAUCCUUUGCAAAGACAAGGUUCGACGGCAAGAACCCCCUAGGCCGAGGCUUUGUGCCAUCAUCUGCGAACAUACCGGUUUUAAAUCCCGAUGUCGUCGACACGCCCUCAAUGCCUAAGAUUGCACGACCGAGUGCCUUCGGCGCAAAGGGCGCCAAGGGCAAGCCCAAUCCAAAGUCAUUCGGCGCGCGGAUGAUGGCAAAGAUGGGUUACAAGGAAGGAACUGGUCUUGGAAAAGAGGGCCAAGGUCGAAGUGUCAUUAUCGAAGCGCAUCUACGUCCUCAGGGUGUUGGCUUGGGUGCUGUCAAGGAGAAGUCAGAACACGAACGAAAAGAAGAGAAACGCCAGGCGCAACUACGAGGCGAGGUUGUUGUUGAUUCUGAUGAAGAGGAAAAGAAGAGGAAACGAGAAAGGAGAAAGAAGGCCUCCGGCGCGGGCGACAGCAGUACCAGCACACCGAAGCGACACAAGCCGAAAUACAUGACUGCAGAGGAGUUGAGGAAAUCUGCCCCAGGACUGCACAUUCCCGAGGCUUUUGCGCCCAUCCUGGACAUGACAGGCCCGGGCAACAAACUGCUGACCACAGCCUCGGGAUUGCUGACACCAACUUCCGCUGCGGUUGCUGAGUCUCCUGAUGUAGCAGCAGCUCGGAAGUUGGUGAAGCGUGCACAUGCAGAUUUGGCUGCGUUCUCAGAGGAAUGGAGGAACUUGGAGGAGCGAAAGACGUGGGUUGACCUGGAACUUCGGGAGCGUGAACAAGAGAUGGCCGACCUGGCAUCGGAUCUGGGAAGACUGCAAUUGUUCUCCAACAUCAUCACCAACGAGCUCCCCUCGGCCACAGAGUGGUCAGAAGUAAUUCGCUGCUUGAACAAGGCGGUUGAGCACAUCGGGUCUUCUACGGGAGACAUUGCGGACAUCGCUGUUGCGGCCAUCCACCCUUUCCUUCGCGAGCCAGACUGGGACUUAUUGGAGCAGCCGACGCGGUUUGCUUCAGAGCUCAAGUCCCUCGGGCCGCUCCUCACAAAGUCCGGCGAGGGCGACAAGAGCGUGGACAAGUGGGACUCGACGGGCUUGGGCAACUCGGAUCUCUACCGCCAACACCAAAAGGCAACGACGGCCUACGAGACCAUGAUGUACAAGUUGUGGUAUACCAGAGCCAUGUCCGCCAUCCGAGACUGGGAUGUCUUCAACCCAACACCUCUUCUGGCUGUUCUAGAAGCCUGGAGUGACCUGCUUCCUCCCUUCGUGCGUGCCCAGUUCCUGGACGGUGUUGUCCGCAAACUGGAAACAGCCGUAGCAGAAUGGAAUCCUAAGAAGAAGCGCCAGAGCCACAAACUCCCCCACCUCUGGCUGUUCCCCUGGCUACAGUACUUGCCCUCGUAUCAUCUCGAGCCCAAGGGCACCGGGCUGGUCGCCGAGGUGCGCAGGAAGUAUAGACAACUGAUCGAUGUGUGGGAGUUUGACCGCGGAGUGAUCCCGGGCCUGGAACAAUGGCGCGAGGUGCUCGGCGACCAAUGGCGCCCGUUGAUCAUGGGUCAUGUGUUGCCGGCUAUGGGACGGUACCUACGCAAGAACUUCAGAAUCGACCCGAGCGACCAGGAGCCCUACCUACCCAUGCUCGAGGGCGUUCUCAAAUGGUCUGAUAUCCUGACACCCAAGGUUCUAGGCGAGGUCAUCGUUGCCGAGGUCCUCCCGCUGUGGCAUGAUAAAUUGAGCGAGUGGCUCGGUUUGGAGGACGCCAGCUUCGACGAGAUCGCUGCUUGGCUAGAGUGGUGGAGGGACAGCGUCCUGCCAGAGGACAUUCGAAACCUCAAGUCUGUGCAGGCAGAGUUUAACAAGGGCUUUGCUACCAUCGAGAAGGCUCUAGAGAAUAUGGUUUAA